UGUAAGAAACUAGGCGGCAAAUUUGUUCGCAGAAAAAACUAAAUAGCUCCUCAAAGGGUCCAAUACCUUCCCUCUAUUAUUCAGUUUCUAACAAGACAACAAAUUGAGCUUUCUAAAGCCACUGGGGCAGGUUUAAGUAAGCUAUGAAUAUAAAUUACUGUAAUUAGGCAAAAACUAGUAAAUGUUAGCUUUCUGUAUCAGUAUCAUGCAGGGUAAUUUUUUUCAGUAAUGUAAGUUUACCUUGCAGCACCGCUGCCAUCUUCACUUCCCCCCACUGACGCCAUCUCAUUUUCUUUGACAACCAGUUUGUUCUUCAAGGCUUCAUAUUCGUCCCUUUUUCCAUCAGCUACGUAAUGUUCUAGUCUUCCCACAACUGUAUAUGUAUAUCGUUUAAACGGCCGUUCCAGAACGUACCUAGAUGUCCUUACCAGCAGCGUAAAUAACUUAAUAUCUUGACCAUGGGCAACAGGGAAAUAAUGUCCCUCUCGAUCUCCAAAAUUUUCCUUCGCGAAUUCACGUAACAACUUGUCAAUUAACUAAAAUGUGAUACAACAAUUAUUUAUUGAUGAUGAUGAUGAUGAUGAUAAUGCUAAAAAUGUAGUAAGAUCUCUUCCAUUGAGUUGGUUAAUUACGUGGAAAAGACAAAGUUAAAGCUGCGAAAACUGGAGGCUCUUUAGUACAUAACGUAUGAAAAGCAAGGCGAGGUGAGAACUGAAUCCAACAAUUCAAAGCAGAAGCCAAACAAUUUAUACAGACUAACACCUACGUGUUAACCUAGUCUAUGAUCCACCUGAUGCGCUAGCCUGUGCCAGGUUUUCGGUCAGUGUAGACGAGCGAAAAAGGCUGGCGAAAGCAUUUUUACUCAGUGCUUUUUUAUCCUUGUUUCAAAAUAUUUCAUAAACGCUCUCAUAGAAUUUUCUCAAUCUUCAUAAUGCCAUAACCGAGGCUACAAAAGGACGGGUGCAAGCUCCCUUAAGCGAUUUUUUAAAAAACAAAACAAAACAAAACAAAGACACUCCUGAUACCGUGAAAUUCAAGGGCAAGUAAAAAACGGAAUGGCGUCAUAACUUGCUAUUGCAACUCCGAUGUCAAUAAAGCAUGGAUCAUAACAACCUUUCAUCUUAAUAUAGUACAACUGUGGACACCCUUUUUUUCCGAUAUCUUUAUUAAUGCCGAAUUAGUAAACGCUUUAAGUGGGGAAGUAUACCCCUUAAAAUAUCCAGUCGAGCCACCUGGCUCUGGGAUGCGGCAGGUCAAAGUUAACAACAGAUUAGUGAUAUCGGUUGGGGGUAACUCCAGGACUUCGCAGUGUUUUUAAAACACCGUUCAGAUCACGUUUUAAGAACAUCCCCCUUUGGUCAUAUCGCCCACCACUAUGGCUGAAAUGAUGUUAAGCACAUGCCGCCAGAUUAUUUUAAAGUUGAUCAGUUAGUCACGAAGUUUAAUCUUUUUGGUGCUAAUUUGUUCAAAAAUUAACCAAAAAAAUCCACUUACACCUCGUUUUGAUAGAUUCAUGACCGAAAAGAAAGUUAAACUAAAGAAUAAGGUGCAAUCAAUUCAAUAGUUUGUAAGCCGGCUAUAACACGGAUGCAAGACCUGAGAGCCUAGUGAAUUUGACUCACCGCCAUAAUACUCCAAGCUUGUGUUUGGGUGUUCAGUCCUCUAAAAAUAAAGAUAUGGCAGUCAGGUGAAAGGAAAACUGAAAACCAUGUUCCUAUGCACUGUUAAAUUUUUCUGGUUCUGUGGUCCUCAACAAUAUCAUCAUCAUAAAUCAGUUUAAGGAAAUGGUAUUAAAAAUUUUGGUUUGACAUUUACAAAACUCGGAGUUAGAUCAUAUCGGUGGUUAAAAUAUUUACAGUUUCCAAGGUGAAUUUGAUAUUACAUGCAUUCACUGAAGACGGAAACCACUGAAAGACCUUUUUAAAAUGCAUGACGACACGGUUUGGGUGACGAGAGUAAUCUCAAUUAAAAUAUACUAAAAUGGAGUUCAAACCAUCUGAUCGCUUAGGUAGAUCGACUUCUUCCUUGUUCAGAAUUUUGAAUCCAAUUAUCUUCAUUUUGCUUUCUUAGAUACUCUAAGCCAUUACCUCGAGUGAGUGCUCUAAUAUUAAUCUGUCUGUUUGUUUUGUUGUUUGUUUAUUUUUUUUUUUCUAUUCAAAAGACUUCUAAAAUAACUCAGAUUCAGCUAGGUGAGCCUUCAAUUUUUCUCUUACACAUUAAAGCCUGUGAAUUCAUUUGCGUGUUUGAUGCUACAACAUUCACACCAGCCUUUAACCCAAAAAUUUCUAUUAUUUUAUUAUCGCUAUUAAUCGUUUUGGUUGUGUAUGCUAAAACUUUCCGGUCUCCCUCUUAGCAAGAUGUUUCAAGCACGGUUUUUAGUAAUCCUACCUUGCGGGAGAAAUGUCUGUUUCUGAAGAGUGUGAUUAAUUCCUGAUACUUAAGUAAAACUCCUUCGAGUCACUGGAAACAAAAUUAUGUCAGUUUCAGAAUUUAGUGAAAUUUACAUCAACUCGUCCCCAGGGUCUCUCAUCUGUCGUCUUCCCCUCCCUUAUUUUCAUCCAAUAAGCGUUAAGUAUCGCGUAUCGACGUAUUGUUUUUUAGCUAAUUAGAAAGAAUACCGUAUAUGGCAGGAGAUCUGACAAAUAGGUGCAUCAUUGCAUCAUGUCCUCUUAUCACAAAAAAAAUAUCGAGAUAAAGAAGAGAGGGUGUGAUUUCAGGUAUCGAUAUGAUUGGCUGAGCAUGUCAUGCUACGAAAGUUCAAUGGCAUGUUUUCAACAUACAUAUAGUGUGACAGAAAGGAACAAAAAUAAAAACUCAUGGCUCGAAAAUGUAACCCGCUAACCCCGCACAGAAAUACACAUAACCAAAGCGGAAAAUGGUAACCCAACGUUAAUCUGUAGUGAGAAACAAAGAUCCCAAACAGAAAUACGCUAUUCCCAAAAGGAAACACAAACAAACCCAAUUAAGAAUCACACAAUCAGGCCUAAGAGACGCAUAUCCCAAAACACUCCAAAAAAGAAACCAAAAUUCAAAAUAGAAUCACAAACCCCACCACAAAAAAGAAGAUAGAAACUGAAUCGCUCCAAAUAUGGUAGUCUGGAUUUCGGAAUCCGUGUAAUUUUUUGCUUUUGGUAUCCGCUUUAGAAUUUUUGACUCAAAGUGACUGAUAUAAGCAAAAGGCAUUUUAAGAGGAGAGAAUAGGGUGCCUCAGGCUCCUUUCAAUUUUAAAAUAUGAAAUGUGAUCUGCUCUAUAGAUUCUUCAAAUAAUUAAAAAAAAUGGGAAAAAUUUACAGUUAAAUUAAAACUGUAAUGCGUGUCCAAAACACAACUCAAAAACAAAAUGAACUCUAAUUUAUGGACUUGAAUUUUUUUAUUUUUAUUAUUUUGCCAAGCAGACACUCGACAAUGGCUAAGAACUAUAAGAAGCUACUUUAAAAUGCCAUUUAUCGAGAAAAACUCCUCUCCAAUAUUAGCAAAUUAUACAUCAAAAGAUACAACAUUUCCCGUAGUUGUCAAUUCUAGCGGUGCAUUUAUAAUGAGGGCAUGUGCAGACGAGAUUUAUGCUUUAGAUCCCGCGCGUGGUCGUCGCGCUUCGGGAGAAACUAAUCAGAAGCACUACCCAGAUCUGGGUAGGAACGCGUCAACAGUAUGGAAUUUCUGCGCUCGUUUCUCAGUCGUCAUUUCUCCCCGUGAAAUGUUGGCUGUUUUCUCAGGCUACCAAAAUGCCUGCUUUACGACAGGCUAUAUUUUGCCAGUACCGACAGUUUGAUUUUUUUUGGUUCUUUAUUUCUCGGCCAAUGUCUUUAAAACGACGAUCCCCUUUCAAUAAAGAAUUGAUUGCGAAGGACUUUAUGCUCAAUCAAACUCGGAAAAACGGUAACAUUUGGUGAAGGGGAAUAAAGUUAACUGCGCAUAAACUUACUAGGGCUAACGGUAGAGUAUCAAGAGUUUUCUUAUGUACUUAAAUUGAUUCCUCCGAGUACAUUUUGUAAGGGCGUCCGAUUGGAAGACAGUCUUGAAUUCUGGAUUCCAAGCCGUGGAUUCUGGAUUCUAGGUACGGAAUUCAGGUCUUUGUCAGUGGAACUUGGAUUCUGCAUUAUAAUUUUUAGAAGGAUUCCGGAUUCCUUGAGCUGUAAUCCUGAUUCAAAAGCCUUAAGGGUUGAGGAUUCCACAAGGAAAUAAUUACCAUGUUUGGGAAUCAAAAUUCGCUUAACUGGGCCGAAAUCAAUGACCAGGAUUGUCUUCAUUACUGGGUGCGGAGAGACGGAAUGGAUGUACCCAAAAAGGGCAUACAAAAUAUUGAAAGUAUUUUUCGCACUAAAAAGACAGUAAGAUAAUCACGUCAGGCAAUGUCAAUGGCGAUGAAAUCUUUUAAUCUUCAAAUAUUUCAUAGUUAUGGCUGGAUAUUCUGUUUAGAAAACUAAUUGCUUUUAGCACUUACUGCACCUAUUCUACUUACUUUGUAAUGCUGCCAUUUCUACUGAUACAAAUUUAAAAAUUAGAAAAACCAAGUGAUUAUUUGCGUGCGAUAUUUUUAAAACUGUUAACGGGUUAGGUUAGGGUUACGAAUAGCUUUAACUUGUCUGCAUUACCACCCCUUAGGAUCUCAUUGCUGUUGAAGCCCCCAGACGUCACAAAUUGGCCGUUCACAUUCUCUCCAAAACAAGUAAGUACAAAGUAUUGUUUUAAAAAGCAAGGAGAUGCUGUGUUAAACAUCUAGCACAUUGCAAAAGUCUUGCAACUCACUGGCUUCUGGGAGUGUUUUAAUGACCUGCAACUUGUUCACUAGUGUUCGCAAGCUAGUAUACUGGUGACUUACUCCCCUUUAGCGGUCAAUUUAUGAAUAGUUUUGCAGAGUAAUAUAUUUUUUUAUUUCGCUUUUGUGACAUAAGGAUAUGUUUUAUCUAAGGUGCUGCCGUUGUUGGUGUUUUAGAAAUCGUUGCUUUUGCGAUGCAGAGCAGUCCGUUUUUCCGUUAUAGCAGUCUUGUUUGUGAUUCAAUCUAAUACCUCUCAAUCUAAUGUUGUGUCAGAGGUGAGAAUAAUGCAAAAUAUAUUUGGUUUUUUGAUUGAGUUGAUAAGAUAACUGGCCACUGUUGAAUAAUCUGUACACGCCAUAUCAAGGGAACCGAAGAAAACGAGUAAGGGACUGGAGAAAAUUUGGUGUCCGAAAAGAGAGUUUUAACUGUGAAAUUAUGAAAAGGAAGAAAAAGAGAUGAUUAUAAGUCUAUCUGAUUUGGUUUUUAGCUAAUUGUGUUCUGUUUUUUUGCAGUGACAAAGACCGGACAAAACAAAGCUAUCAACAACUUUAUGGAGAAUGAUAAAAUCCAACACAUGAAUCCUCAGUCAACGGUAACGACUUUCGAUUGUCAAUAUUUUUCUUUGUGACCCCGGGCAAAAGGAGUUGAGACACUUCACAAAAAUGCCUAUUUUUUCCUGUCAUCCUGCCAGAAAUAGAAACCUUUGCCAAAUGAAUGCCCGUUUUGCCCCUUUCCUUAUCCAAGGAUAACAGGAGAAUUAAAAAGUUGGUUUUUAGACCAAAACAACUUUGAAUAGGGGAUGGGGAGGUAUUUUACAUUUUCUGUUUAGAGGAGAUGGUAGUAUGGCCCAUAAGGUAGAAAAUACAUAGAACUGUCUCAGCAGUUAAAAAUGAGUGGGAAAGCUUAAAAGCCGAAGUUAACUGUAUAAUAACCUCAUGGGCCUGUUAUGUUUUUCCUUUGCACAGGUCCAGCCUACAAUUAUUGAAGACAUCGCAGCCUUCAAAAGCAGCCUUCCCUUGUUUCCUCUGGUUCUUCCAUACCACAGUCAACCCACCAAAUCAAAGCUGUGA